AUGGAGGAAGAAUCAAAAGCUAAAGCAACAUCCCUCAACCCCCAGACCAACGUAACAGCCGGUGCCACACACCUCCUAGUCUCGUCCUCAACCCCCGGCAUCAACAAACCCUUCCCCGUCACCCCUUUAACCUUUGAGCUCUGCGUAACAAACUGGGCCUACGGCGCCCAAAUCGACAAAGUGCACGUAGCAGCCGGUGAAUCGCUGAUCAAGAUCCCGUCGCGCAAGCGCACCGAGACGGCUCCGGAUAUCGUGGUUAUCAACCUCGGCACCAACGACAACAACACGGCGAAUAACGUCAGCACGGAGACGUACGUCGAUGCUUACAAGAAGCUGAUACGGGGUAUUCACGGGAAGUACCCCAAAGCGCAAGUCAUCAUGAUGGUACCGACCCCCUUUUCCUCAUUUUCCCUUUCACCCUCACCUUCCAUUCCUUUCCUUCUUAAAAAGCCCCCACCCCAUAUCAAAAUACUAAACCCUCUCGGCACGUUAGCAACUACGGAUGGGCUUCUACUCCUACGGCAACAGCUACAAGCAAAACCUAGGCUACAAGCAGGAACUCAAAGAUGUCGUGUCCUACUUCAACUCGGACGAAUACCUCUCCGCGCCGGCGAUCCUCACCUUCUCCAGUGCAGCACAAUUGAUAUCGGACCGCAAUGGCAUCCGACGGACGUCGGUGCUAUAAAGGUGACUAGUCACUUGACACAGUUCAUCAAGUUGACAUUUGGUUGGGAACUGGUUGCUACUGGUCCCGAGAUAUUUCACGAGACGCUGUACUGGAACGAACAGCAGAAUAUUAGGCUGGUAUUUGUUUACUAG